UUUUUUUUUUUUUUUCCUUUCUGUUUAUAUAUAGAUAUAUCUUUUUUCUUUUCUUUUUCUUUUUUUCUUUUCUUCUUCUCCUUUUUUUCUUCUUCUUUUAAUUUGAUAAUGGCAGCAACUACUUCUAUGGUUUCUCCUUCUAAAUCUUUAAUUACUCCUAACUCAGUUACAUCUCAACUAAAUAUGAAUUCAGGUAUGAGCGAGUUACAAAAUAUCCAAAAUUCGUUGAUCGAAGCAUUUGGACAGAUAUGCUCAGUUGAACAAAUGGAAGUUUGUCAAAAAUUGGGAAUGUUAUCUAAAUAUGAACAGCAACAAGCCUAUAAGAUGGCUAGAGCACUUAUUGAACAUCGUCAGUUACCAGUAACUAUAGAAGAUUGGAAUCAUUUGACAGAAUGGGUUUUAACUCUUCGUGAUCGAUACAACAUGCAGCUUGAAUCACAAUGCAUACGCCAACACGCGAGUGAUCUUGAACGGAUUAGUCACUUGGAUCAAGUACAACGCAUCAGUGGUUUAUUAGAAGAGUAUGGUCAAGCCCAUGAAGACCUUACAGAUUUAUUACAGGCUUUAAAAAAGCUACGUAAUGACUGGAAACAUCGUAAAAGAGAUGUUGAAAAUAUCGUUCUCUCUAUCUUAGCCUCAGCUCAAUUAAAAUUCCCUGCUUAUCGUGUUGUAAAAGUAACACGAUCUCAUUUAGCUACUUUAGGACUCGGCUUCAGUUCAAUUGGAAAAUAUUAUAUCAUCUACGAGUCCUGUAUGUCAGAUGAAUCUAAGAAAGAGGUAUUGAACAAUAUUGCAAAGGACUUUAGUAUGGUCUUUCAAGAGAAUGCAGCACAAAAUUUAGCACGUAUGGCAGGUAGCUAUCAUCGUAUCUUUCAACAAGAAGAAGAUAUAGACGUUUUAGAUGAAAUUCAAAAACUUAUACAAAAAGUGUUUAUCAUUCGUCCCAAAUCUGUCAUUUUACCCUAUCCAACUAGUUUACCUACUGCGCCAAGUCCAAGUAAUGGUUCAUCAAGUAAUAAUCAUAUACCUCAUCUUAAUAGAAGAAAUUCUUCAUUCUUAGAAAGAAGGAAAUCAAUCAUUAUCCUAGAAAAUAAUCAAGAACAAGAGGAGACGAAUACGAAUGAAGAGAACGAUGGAGACUUCAAGAUGCCUAUGGUCUUCAAUAUGGCAAAGCCCGUAUUUCAACCAGCAGGAUGGGAUUGGCCUCAUAUCUUGAAACAUAAGAGACCAAGGACAAAAAGUAGUGGCAAUUCGAAUGGAUCUUAUUAUUGGUGCAAACAAUUUCUCUCUAGUUCUUCCUAUUCUAACACGAAUAAUGCAAAUGAAAGGGAGACGACCCUAGACGAUCAUAGUGGUGUUUGGUCUACUUCAAUUUCUCGUCUCUCUGAGCACUUUGCUAAAAUAGGAUAUGAUUACUAUUCAAAUAUGUUAAAUAAUGCAACAUUAAUGCACUCUCAUAGAGCACAAAUGUUUGAAUUUGCGACUCAUUCUUUAAUGAAAACCUAUCGUGCACUUCAACUAGAACAAGGAUGCGCAAACUUGAGUCGUACUUUAGUUUUCCUUUACAAAUUACAACAAGAAGCACAAAGAACUUAGAUUCCUUUUUAUAUAUAUAUAUAUAUACCUUAAUUAUUCUUCUUAUCUUAUAUCAGACCUCUCGUUUUAUUUAUAUAAUACAUAGAAAUAUAUACAUAUACAUAUAUAUAUAUAUAUAUAUAUUUCCUUAAUUACU